AUGUUUUGGACUCAGAAUUUAUCUUAUUCAAAUACAAUCUUGAUCUUGGCCAUUAGCACUGUCAGUCAUUUAGAAUCCGAUUGUGAACUUUUAUAUGAUUUUCGAUUCUCAAGUGUUCUGAUCAUCCAGGUUCCUCCGAUUGAUCUGAAUUAUAAACUUGUGUUAUUUCAUCUUGAUGUACACCCAACCAAUUCUUCCAUCCAAUUUCUUCAGCUCUACUUUGUUUUCUUUGUAGAUUUUGCUUUGGAUUUGAUUUCCGUCUGUUUUGAUUUAUUUGAUGCAAUCUUCAUCUCAAAUUGGUUACUGUUUAAACAGUUUCUUUUGGAUCAUUUCUUCAAUUUGAAUCCUAUCAAUUGA